CCUAACUAAAAUAAAAUAUUACAUUCCGAUUCCCAGAAAAUAAUUCGUAAUCAAUUGACCAAACCGAUCGAUCACUGUUGUCAUAAAAGUCAUCGCCAUCUUGGUUUCGUGAUCGAAAAAGACUCGUGAAAAAAUGGAUCAUAUGAUAUCAGAAAACGGAGAAACAAGUGCCGAAGGAUCGAUUUGCGGCUAUGAUUCGCUGCAUCAACUCUUAUCAGCGAAUCUUAAGCCCGAGCUCUAUCAGGAGGUAAACCGGUUGCUCCUUGGACGUAACUGUGGGAGAUCGCUUGAACAGAUUGUUCUGCCGGAGUCUGCUAAAGCCUUGUCUUCAAAACAUGAUUUUGAUCUCCAGGCUGCUAGCUUUUCAGCUGAUAAAGAGCAAAUGAGAAAUCCUCGAGUGGUCAGAGUUGGUCUCAUUCAAAACUCCAUUGCUCUUCCAACCACUGCUCCAUUCUCGGACCAAACAAGAGGAAUAUUCGACAAGUUGAAGCCGAUAAUCGAUGCUGCGGGUGUUGCUGGUGUUAACAUACUGUGCUUGCAGGAAGCUUGGACCAUGCCAUUUGCAUUUUGCACUAGGGAGAGGAGAUGGUGUGAGUUUGCAGAGCCUGUUGAUGGCGAAUCGACAAAGUUUCUUCAAGAACUCGCUAAAAAGUAUAACAUGGUGAUUGUUAGUCCUAUUCUCGAAAGAGAUAUUGAUCACGGUGAAGUGCUUUGGAAUACCGCUGUGAUUAUAGGGAAUAAUGGAAAUAUCAUUGGCAAGCAUCGAAAGAACCAUAUACCUAGGGUAGGAGAUUUCAACGAGAGCACCUAUUACAUGGAAGGAGACACAGGCCAUCCUGUGUUUGAGACGGUGUUUGGGAAAAUUGCGGUUAAUAUAUGUUAUGGCAGACACCAUCCUCUGAAUUGGUUAGCUUUUGGUCUAAAUGGUGCAGAGAUUGUCUUCAACCCUUCAGCAACUGUUGGUGAACUCAGUGAACCAAUGUGGCCUAUUGAGGCACGAAAUGCCGCAAUAGCAAACAGUUACUUUGUUGGAUCCAUUAACCGAGUUGGAACCGAAGUAUUCCCCAAUCCUUUUACGUCAGGUGAUGGAAAACCGCAACACAAUGAUUUCGGGCAUUUCUAUGGGUCAAGCCAUUUUUCUGCACCAGAUGCUUCUUGCACACCGUCUUUGUCCCGUUACAAAGAUGGUUUAUUGAUCUCGGACAUGGAUCUCAAUCUCUGCCGGCAAUACAAGGACAAGUGGGGAUUUAGAAUGACUGCAAGAUACGAAGUCUAUGCCGAUCUUUUGGCAAAGUACAUAAAGCCAGACUUCAAGCCUCAAGUCGUCUCUGACCCAUUGCUCCACAAGAAUUCUACAUAAGAAGAAAAUUUCACUCUGUGAAUCUUCAAAGAAGAAAAGUCCAAUAAUCAAUGUUCAAUCAUUUGUGUAAAUGUAACGGUAACUGAAAAUCUGUUUGUAGCUGAAUAUAUGUUGAUGCCAAAAGGCAGCUCCUUUGCUUUUAUAAUCGAACCGGUUUAUAAUUGAACCGGAAUCCAAUUCCAAAAAUAACC